AUGCCUAAUAUUGAAAACUUAGAAAAAAAACCUUUUAUAAAUAGCCGUGAUAACCUAUUAAAUGUCCGUCGCGGAGAAAUCCUCUACCGGGAAGAUCUGACCACUGGAUUUGUUUUUGUCGUUGUGGGAACUACUAUCUCCUUGGCUGUCGCCGGAACUAUUUACGUAGUUG